AGUCCACACCUGCUUCGUCGCAUCAUCACUCAUUCAUUCCCUCGGACCAUGCACAUCUCUGCGCACCACCCUCGUCGACCAUCAAUACCACCCCCAGCUUUAUGCACAGUCUCCCAUGAUUUCCUCUUCAUCGUCGGGCCAGAUUCGCAUGCUUUUCCUUGUAACUUAGUGGUGGAUUGUAGUCGCACUUGUUAUUGGCAACUCGGAAAUUUCUAUAUUCCAACGUGGAGCUGCAGACUCGGAGAAGGCGCUGUUGCGUUGGGGUGUGCAGACUACGAUGGAUCUUUUGGUGUUGUUCCCACUGGAGUCCCUGUGCAAUACUUUUCCUGCGAGCAAACCUGUGCAGAAUGUCUUGAAUGGCAAGGACCUACUCGCAGUGAAAAGUUUGGUUCCGACAGUGAACGGAGCUCUUACGAAGGACGCGAGCAGUGAAAACACUGCAGGUGUGGAAGCUGAGACUGGAAGUUUAGUUCGGGGAUAACAGCUCUAGCGUUGAAGUCCCCCCAAGGGCAGGCUGUCAAGAGCUGGAUCGUCGAGUGGUCGCCUGGACUACUGUGCCAUAUCUUACUUGACUUGAAUCCUUAUCCAAGGUACUAGAUGAUGUUCUCGCCGAACAAUAAUUGCCUUACAAAUGAGUCUAGGGUUUGCAUCAACCCGCCGAUAUGAACACACAGAUAAAAGAAACUAGAGUAAAGAUCCCAGAUUGGGACCUUUGCGAUGGCAGGAUGGCCAUGGUUGUGGCGUGAGUGAGGUGCUUGUGAAAACGUUCACAAGCAACUAUUACACAGUGCAUGAUAUUUUGGGCACUGCUGUGGCUCCUGCAUCUUCUCCUGAAUUUUAUUAUUUAACUCCAGCUACGUUUCCCGAGCCAUUCGUUGUUUCAGUUGUUGAAACAUGGAGUUGGGAGCCUGUGCUUGGGCGAUGGAAUGACGGAGGUAGUUAUCAACUUUAGAAUCUAAAUUAUGAAGCAAAUCAAAAGUUAUACAAUGAUAGAUAGAUACAUAGAUAGAUAGAUAGAUAAAAAGAAUGUUGAAAUACUUUCCGAGCUAUCAAACAUUAUCAUGCUUCAUCAUAUGUCCUUGGUUUCAAAAUGAACUGCAGUGUUUCAUGAGAA